AUGUCGACCACCCCCAAGAUCAGAAGACCGACAUCCCCUACGACGAUGCAGUCUCCGCGAGUCUCUGCACGACCUCCGCUGGACCAUUCGUCUGUGAGGGCGUACCUGGGGAGUUUGUGGGCUCGCUUCUCUAGCAUCUGGACCAGGCGGUUCGUGUAUUCCUUGAUCGCGGGCCAGGUUGUCUCUCUUUGCAUCACCUGCACGAAUGUCACGACCACGGAGCUUGUUGCACGAAACUGGUCUCUGCCCACUACACAAACGUUCUUCUUGUACUUCGCUCUGUUCGUCAUAUACACCCCGUACACGAUAUACAGAUACGGCUUCGUGGGAUGGCUCAAAAUGAUUUACAAGGAUGGCUGGAAAUAUUUCAUUCUGGCCGCGGCCGACGUCGAGGGGAACUUCCUUGUUGUGAAGGCAUAUGAAUACACGACGCUGCUCUCAUGUAUGCUUCUUGACGCAUGGGCAAUCCCCGUCUGCCUCUUGUUCAGCUGGAUCUAUAUGCGUCCCAAGUACCAUUGGACUCAGCUCCUGGGUGUCUUCGUUUGCGUCGCCGGUCUGGGCUUGCUUGUUGCUUCCGACGAGAUCACCGACAAAGACUGGCCCGCGCUCAGUCGUGCGAAGGGCGACAUCUUCAUGCUUGUUGGCGCGUCGCUAUACGGUUUCACAAACGCGACCGAGGAGUUCUUCGUGCGUCGGUCGCCGCUGUACGAAGUCGUCGGCCAGCUCGGAAUGUGGGGCGUCCUCAUCAACGGCAUCCAAGCCGCUGCGCUCGAGCACAAGGACAUGACCACCGCCAGCUGGAAUGGCGCGACGAUCGGGCUCCUCGUCGCGUAUACCGCGGCGAUGCUCAUCCUCUACACCGUCGCACCCGUGCUGUACCGGAUGGCGUCCUCGGCGUACUACAAUCUCAGUCUGCUUUCGUCGGACUUCUAUGGGCUUCUGUUCGGCCUGUUCCUUUACCACUACAAGGUGUACUGGCUCUACUUCCCGGCCUUCGUGAUCGUCAUCUCCGGCCUUGUCAUCUACUUCUGGCAUGCGACCCCGGAAGAGCAGGGCAAGAUCGACCCUCGCGCACCAGCUUACGUCCACCAGCGCGAAGGCCCGAACGUCAUCGCCGGGCAGGUGUAG